AUGAACGUGGGCGGGGCUGCUCCGGCGGUGUCGAUUGACGACACCGACGAGGGCAAUUUUCGUCCACCUUCUACAGUGCCUACGACACCGGAAGGAAGCGUUACUUUCAGUCCUGUUGUCCGGGCAGCAAACAAUCUCGUCGCUGACGGAGACUGUGUGAGCGAUGACGCCUUCGGGGAGCUCCUCUCGGAUCCAGAGGGGCACGCCUCCUCAGCAACCAACUCUAGAAGACCUCUGGUCACGAACAUUUGCUGCGUGGGCGCAGGUUACGUGGGUGGACCGACCGCCGCGGUCAUCGCAUUCCAAAACCCGCAUAUUCGCGUCACCAUUGUGGACAGAGACCAGCGGCGCAUUCGGCGAUGGAACUCGAAGCAUCCCCCAAUCUACGAGCCUGGCCUCCGGGACAUUGUCAGAGUAGCCAGGGAUGGAGCAAAUGCAUGUUCGUUCAAGGACGAGCCGGUGAAGCCGGGAUGCUCCAACAUCUCAUCGUUGUCAUCAGCCACACCGUCCGAAUGUGGGAGUCAAUGCGGCGAAGGCAGCAUCACUGUGCCUGCAAGGCAACCGAACCUCUUCUUCUCUACAGAGGUAUCGAAAUGCAUCUCGGAAGCGGAUAUUGUUCUGGUUGCGGUCAACACGCCGACGAAGACGCGGGGUCAUGGCGCAGGCAGUGCCACAGAUAUGGCCGCGUUCGAGGCCGUCACCGCCGAGGUUGCAAGGCAUGCAAGGCCGGGCGCCAUAAUCGUCGAGAAAUCCACCGUUCCUUGCAGGACGGCAGAGCUCCUCGCCGUGCACCGGCCUGGCGUUCACUUUGAGAUCCUUUCGAACCCAGAAUUCCUAGCAGCCGGCACCGCCGUGAACGAUCUGUUGCACCCGGACCGUGUCCUCAUUGGAUCCGACACGACGAGCUCAGGGAAGCGCGCGGCAGAGGCACUCGCGGGGGUUUACGCCGCUUGGGUGCCUCGCUCGCGCAUCCUCACGACCAACGUGUGGUCGUCUGAACUCGCGAAACUGGUGGCCAACUCAAUGCUGGCGCAACGCAUUAGCAGCAUCAACUCGAUAAGCGCAAUCUGCGAACGAACAGGGGCGGAUGUAGACGAGGUCGCUGCAUCCGUGGGCCGCGAUCCUCGGAUCGGAGACAAGUUCCUAAAGGCCGGCAUCGGCUUUGGCGGAAGCUGCUUCAAGAAGGAUAUCCUUAGUCUCGUGUAUCUGGCCGAGUCACUUGAUCUGGACGAAGUUGGAGAAUAUUGGCGACAGGUGGUUAAGAUGAACGACUACCAGCGGGAUCGCUUCACCAAGCGGGUGGUCAAGUGUCUGAACAACACGCUUGCGGGGAAGAAGAUCACGAUCCUUGGGUACGCCUUCAAGAAGAACACGUCAGACACGAGGGAGUCGCCGGCGCUCGAGAUCAUCCGGACUCUACUGGAAGAAGGGCCUCGGGAGAUUGCCGUUUUCGACCCGUGCUGUAAUCCUCUCGUUAUCCGGGAGGAGAUCCGACAACUCUGCGGCAAGCUGAACCCCCUAGAAGAAGACGGCGGGCCAUUGAAGGUGUACGGAAACGCCUACGAGGCCUGCAGCGACAGCAACGCGGUGCUCAUUACUACCGAGUUCGACGAGUUUCGCAACACAAAGGCCCCGCUGCCGUCUCUCCGCAGAAGCACGACAUCGGGGGUGACUUUCGACCCACGCCCAUUCCAGAGCUUGGAGAUCCGUCAAGCUGAUGUUUUGACGCUUCAAAAGUAUCUGAUGGCACAACAAGACCGGCUGAAGGAGCCGGUGACUUCUUCGGAUGAUCCACUUGGGCGUUACAUAGUAGAGCCCGAGUGCGCGAAUGAUUGUCCCGAUUGCAGGGCGGAGCUGGAUUCAAAGGUCUCCGGUUUUGCCACCGGGCUGGGAAACGAGGAGUACAAGACCAAGGAGAGGAUUGACUGGGCCAGGGUAGCGCGCGAUAUGCAAGUUCCUAGGUGGGUGUUUGAUGGGAGAGGGGUUGUUGAUGCUGACGGGAUGGCCAAGUUGGGGGUUCGGGUUGAGAGUGUUGGAAGAAAGGGACGGAACUGA